GCGGGAUGGUCCAAAUACGGAAGUGCGCCUACGUGGUUUUGUGUUGUUGCUUUUUCCUCCCCACACGGAAAUGUGCAACAAAUUCGCAAUGACAGCCGGGUUGUUUACAUAUUUUUCACUUUAACUUUUGAUUUCAGUAAAUUCAAAGGCCUGUGAGACAUGGAGGAGCUGUUCACUUUAGAAAAGGAGGUAGGACGAGGCAGCUAUGGUGUGGUCUUUGAGGGUCACGUAGCCAAAACAGGACAAAAAGUGGCUAUCAAGCGUCUUCCCUGCAAGGAUCCAGAAAGCAUUGAACUCUACUUACAAGAACUGUGGGCCAUGAGAGUCACAGCGGAGAACCACAUCAAUGUUAUUGCACUGCAUAGCUCCCUCCUGCAGACAGGACAAAAGAGUUUGAAACCCUUAAGGAAGGGGAAGCUACCCUUACGUCUAGUCGAAAGUGUGCUAAAAGGAAGUGUUGCUCAAAUUAGAGGUUCUCAGUCCAACACUCAUAGGAGGAGUAACUCUGUUUCCAGACUUCAAGACAGGACCAACAGUCCGUCAUCUAACUUCUCCCCUUCACUUUCAAAAAGGCCUUCAAAUCGAUCAAGGAAGAGGCUGUCCCAGAGAGAGGAUGAGCGGACAGGAUCUCUGCACUGCUCUGCCCUCUGGCUCGUGAUGGAAUACUGUGACGGAGGUGACUUGAAUCAGUACCUGCUCUCCAGGCCACCGGACGCCCAUGGGAACCCUAGUGUGGUGCAACAGCUCAGCAGUGCCGUGGCCUUCCUGCAUCGUCUUGGUAUAAUCCAUCGAGACCUAAAGCCUGACAAUGUGCUCGUUAGUGUUACAGCGAAUGGUCCUAUUUUUAAGGUCGCUGAUUUUGGUCUGAGCAAGAUGAGCGAGGGUCGGGUGGAUGGAAAGCUGACCAGGAAGUACUUUUCUUCCACCUGUGGCUCCGACUUUUACAUGGCCCCAGAGGUUUGGGGUGGGCUCACGUACACAGCUCAGGCGGACAUCUUCUCGCUAGGUGUGAUGUUUUGGGCUGUCUUGGAGAGAAUUACAUUCUUGGAGGAAGGAACCACACAGGAACAACUAGGUGCUUAUGUGUGCAAGGGUCGCUGGUUAAUGCCACUAGGCGAAGCUUUGUGGGAGAAUGCCGACCUCCAGCUGUGUAUUCCCAUGAAGUGGAAAAGAGCAGCCCCGCUGCCCAGCCCUCCCGGCCCGGCCAUGUGUGGGCUGCUUUUCGACAUGCUUGCCUCCAACCCGGAUUCCCGGCCCAUAGCCGAGCAGCUGGAGUCCAGAGUGCGAGCGGCUUUGAAAGAGGACUCCCACUGAGACAAAGCGCUCCUAAUGGCCAGAGCCACCACGGAAAAAUUGCCCGCGGAGCCAGCUAACUGCGGCGUUUCCGCCGCGAGUAAAUAAUAGUGGAGAUUUGCCGAGAAAGCAAGGCCACAUCAAACGAUUCAAGGCGAGUGUGGCUGCUCAAUUUUUCUGUAAGAGAGCUGCUGUUGAUCAGACUGGGGGGAGUCAUCCUUCGCUCGCCAUGUGACCAUCUGUGAAAUUUGGCUUUUUGUUAAAUUUCCAUUGAAAUCCCAACAGGGGCCACUUUUUGAAAUUUCAUUGUGAGGAUUCAUUUACCAUUGAGGGUAGAUUAAAAGUAUCCUAUUCAAGCAUGAUGUAAACAUAUUGUUUCGUAAGCAGAGAUCCUUUGAAGGGAAAAAAAAAGCUUCUCCAGCCCACAUGCAAGGGAAUUAUAAUGUCUUAAUUGUUCCAACCCACUUCACUUGCGUGGUGGCAUCUCUGAAGGUUUCUCAAAUUCAGGCUGACUGCACAAAGCAAAAGAAAUGAACCUACGAGUUUGUAGUCAGGAUUAUGCUCAAAUAUAUACAUUCCCGAGCUAUAUAUGAAUUUCUCAUUAAGAGGUAAACUUUAAUUUUGCGCAAUCCUAAUUUAUUCCAUUGAAAGUUUCCAACUUUAAUCAUUCCCAUAAUUUUUCAACCCUAUAUCACUUGUAAACAAAAGGUUCAAAUGCUAUGAUGAUGUGAUUAUAUCCUUAAAUAAUCUAUAACGUGACAAAUAAAUUUAUAUAUGGAUGUUUUGAUUUGGUUAUCUGAAAUAGGCUGUAUUUUUAAACGUUUAAUGGAAUUUGACCCCCCCGACUGAGCUGUUGCCUGUACAUCUAUGUCCGUACGAUUUAUGUAUGCAUAGAUCUUCUGGGAAUUACCCGAGUUGCGUUCGAUGAAAGCCUCAUGCUGUUGCCGCCGGCCCUUCAUUAAAAGGAGCAUGUUGGAUGUAAAAGUUGUUUUAAAUUGUAAACGACUAUAAUGAAACCCGAGAGAUUACUGCUGUUGCUUUAUGUAAAUGGAUUACUACAUUGAUUGCAUUUCUUUUUUUUUUUUUCUUUCUUUUUGUGGGUCGAAUUUGAAUUAAACUAGGUUUUCUUUUUAAUUGCCUUAAUGUAACGUGUAAUCGCUGUGUCCAUUGUACAGCAUUGCAAGAGAGACCACCAAAUAAAUAGGUUAUACAAGAAGUCAUUAA